CAAUAAGGCGGUACAGUGUAUUUUUCUUCCUUUGCAUUACCCUUCCCGUUUGCCAUAUGUGUCUAUUCGAAUCUCCACCUUGUCAACAACACCACCUUGUACCAACAGGAAUCUUCGUUCAUUUUAGCAACUUUUUCUUUGUUUGCUUUUGAAAUCUUUUGCUUCAAAGUGCGGGAGUUGGAGGACUUGUGGGAAUAAAUAUGCGCUUGGAUUUUCAGAGAAAAUUACUUUCCCACACGGAACGUGUGAAAGCAGUUGAUUUUCAUCCCACGGAGCCUUGGGUCCUGGCUUCUCAUUACAAUGGACAGGUUGCCAUUUGGAAUUACGCAACACAAUCUCUCGUUCGAAGUUUUGAAAUUAAUGAUGUUCCCAUUCGCUCAUGCUUGUUCAUAGCUAGAAAAAACUGGUUUGUUUGCGGUAGCGAUGACUUUCAGCUUCGUGUCUACAACUACAAUACUGGUGAAAAGGUAACUCAAUUUGAGGCUCAUCCUGAUUACAUUCGGGCGCUGGCCGUCCAUCCUACUCAACCAUUUGUCCUUUCUUGCUCUGAUGAUACAAAAAUUAAGGCAUUUAACUGGGAAAAAAACUGGAAAUGCGUUCAGACCUUUGAAGGUCAUGCUCGCUAUGUCAUGAGCCUUGCUAUUAAUCCCAAAGAUACGAAUACCUUUGCUUCGUGCUGCCUCGACGGAACCGUCAAAGUUUGGAAUUUUGGUUCUCCCGUUGCCAAUUUCACUUUACAAGCACAUGAUCGCGGUGUAAACCAUGUUAGUUACUAUCCUGCUGGCGAUAAGCCAUAUUUAGUUACUUCAGGAGAUGACAAUUUGAUCAAGAUAUGGGACUAUCAAACCAAGGCUUGUGUCCGUGUCCUCGAAGGACAUACAAACAAUGUGUCGUUUGCUACUUUCCACCCGAAGUUUCCUCUAAUUAUUUCAGGAGGUGAAGAUGGAACUGUGAAGAUCUGGCAUACUCUUUCUUAUUCACUUAUUAAAUCCUACAAUUUCUCUUUAGAUCGUGCCUGGUGUAUUUCACAAAAUAAGGAUAACGGUUUAAUUACGAUUGGUUUUGAUAACGGAAUCAUCACUUUCUCUUUAGGACGUGAUGAACCGUCUGUAACGAUGGACACUUCCGGUAAAAUCGUUUGGUGUGACUAUAAUGAAGUCAUGUCUGCUAUGAUUCGCCCUGUCAAGGAACAAGUUGAUUUAAGUGAUGGUUCACCUGUGGCUCUUUCUGUUAAAGAGCUCGGUACUACCGAGUUAUAUCCUGCAAACCUUAAGCAUUCUCCAAACGGCCGGUUUGUUUCCGUCUGCGGAAAUGGUGAUUACAUUAUUUAUACUGCCCUUGCUUGGCGUAAUAAAGCAUAUGGAAAAGCAUUGGAUUUUGCUUGGGGUCAUGAUUCCAAUGUUUAUGCCACCCGUGUUUCUGACCGCUCUAUUGAAAUUUUCAAGAACUCCAAACGCAGCUCGGUUUUAGAUUUAUCUUAUCCUUGUGACACUAUUUUUGGUGGCUUUUUGUUGGGCGUUGCUGGCUCCGAUUUUAUUUGCUUUUACGACUGGGAAACACAUGCUUUGGCUAGAAAGAUUGAUGUUAAACCUCAUAAUGUUUACUGGGAUCCUGAGCAUCGUUAUGUCAUCUUAGCAUGUCCUAAUGAGUUCUAUCUACUGAAUUUCAAAUCUGAAGUUUUUUAUGAUGCUGUUGCUAGCAAUACCGCUGAUGAAGAAGAAGGUGUAGCUGAUUCUUUUGAAGCUCUUGCUGACGUCCCUGACGGUGUUGUUAACGGUGAGUGGGUUAAUGAUACAUUCAUUUACACCACCAACAAUGCUCGCUUAAAUUAUUUGAUCGGUGACCAAACUUAUAAAAUUGCAAAUAUUGAGCAUAGUUUUUACAUGCUGGGUUAUGUCGCUCGCGACGCUCGUAUUUACUUGACAGACCGUGAUAUGAAUGUUGUUAGCUACUCUUUCAACCUUGCAACUGUUCAAUAUCAAUCAUUCGUUUUAGCAGGUGAUUUGGACAGUGCGCGUAAUAUGCUUGAGAAGAUCCCUGAAGUUGAUCGCGAGCGACUUUCAGACUUUUUGGCCAAACAAGGUUAUAAGGAGGCAGCCUUGGAGCUUUCUUCCGAUAACGUUCAAAGAUUUGAACUUGCUGUUGAAGCUAAUCGAUUGGACAUUGCUGCUGAGCUUGCUAGGUCAUUUAAUGAUUCGUUAAAAUGGCGUACACUUGGAGAUGCCGCACUAAAUGCAUGGGAUUUUGUGCUUGCUCAGGAAAGUUUUGAAAAGGCUCAAGAUUAUGGAUCUCUUUUAUUGUUGUACACUUCUAACAAUAAUCACGAAGGACUUAAAGAACUUUCGAAGCUCACGAGUGCAUCGGGAAUCAGCAAUACUAGUUUUAUCUGUUCAUGGUUAACCAAUCAGCCAAAAGAGUGCUUGGACAUCUUACGCUCAAAUCAAAGAUAUGCGGAAGCAAAUUUAUUUGCAAGUACUUACAAACCUGAAGAAGUUCAGAAUGUAUUAUCGGAAUGGAAAUCUGAUUUGGUUUCAAAGCGUAAAGAACGUAUCGCUGAAGCUCUUGAUGACUUGGAAAUCAAAGAAUAGUUAAAGACUUUUGGACUGUCUCGAUAAUACCCUUCAUUUUCUUUCCGAAUGCUUUUAGUUGUGGAUCCUUUGUUUCUUAAAAGCGUCGAAAGAUUAAGUAAUCCAUCUUAGACAAAAUCCUUAAUUUUCCUUUGAGACAAUGCUUUAAUGCCCAGAUAUGAAAGAUUCGCACAUAAAUAGUUACAUAUUGAUGCUCCAUUAAUCCGCUCUUUUUGAAACCUGAAUUUCAAUGCUUAAUAAACAUUAGGUGAGACCUAUGCGUAAAUAAGCAUGUCAUUUUAUAAGUAAUUUUUUAUAAGACUGCAAAUCACCAAUUUUCAAUAGCUUGUAUGCCUGAUAGGUAUUAUGAUUUGCGGUAGUAAAAUUUUACCUUAUUUCUAAUAAUGUAAAAU